AGAAAACGGGUGUAGAAUUUAACAAUGGCGUCGCUCUUCAGCGGUGUGCUGCAACUCACAGAUCUGGAUGACUUUAUUACUCCGUCUCAGGAAUGUGUGAAGCCAGUGAAGGUAGAGAAGAAACAGGGAAGAUCUGUGGCCAAAAUCCAAAUAGAAGAUGAUGGCAGUUAUUUUCAGGUCCAGCAGGAUGGCCAAAGGCAAAAGUUGGAGAAAGCGAAGAUUACUCUGAACGACUGCCUUGCAUGCAGUGGCUGCAUUACAUCUGCAGAAAGUGUCCUUAUAACCCAACAGAGUCAUGAGGAACUAUAUCGUGUGCUACGUCAUAAUAAGCAGCAGGUUAGCAGUAGUGAGCAGAAAGUGGUGGUGGUGUCUGUAUCGCCGCAGUCAAGAGCUUCACUCGCCGUGCAUUACGGUCUCAGCAGCAGCGAGGUGGCCAGUAGACUCACCAGCUUCUUGAAGAACUUGGGGGUCCAUCAUGUGUUCGACACCGGCUUCAGUCGGUCUUUCAGUCUGUUAGAGAACCAGAGAGAGUUUCUAGAGCGAUUCAGUCGGAAGGAUGUGGACAAGAAGGCCUUACCGAUGUUGGCGUCCGCCUGUCCAGGGUGGAUAUGUUAUGCUGAGAAGACUCAUGGUGAAUUUAUCAUCCCUUACAUCAGUACGACCCGCUCACCUCAGCAGAUGAUGGGAUCUGUAGUCAAGGGUUACUUCGCCACUCAGAAGGGGGUUUCUCCACAAAAGAUUUACCAUGUGACUGUGAUGCCCUGCUAUGAUAAGAAACUGGAGGCUUCGAGACCAGACUUUUACCUCAGCGAGUAUGAGACCAGAGAGGUAGACUGUGUCAUCACCUCAGGUGAAAUUCUGAAGAUGUUGGAAGAGGAGAAUGUGUCUUUGAGGGAUGUGGAACCGGCUCCUCUAGACUCAAUGUUCAGUAAAAUAUGUGGAGAGGAGUUGCUGAGUCAUGCAGGAAGUGGAUCAGGAGGGUAUCUUCAUCACAUCUACAAACAUGCAGCCAAAGAACUCUUCGGGGUUGAAAUAGAGGAACUUGCAUACAAGACAAUGAAAAAUAAGGACUUCCAGGAAGUGACUCUAGAGAAGGACGGUACAGUUCUGUUGCAGUUUGCUGCUGUCUAUGGCUUCCGGAACAUUCAGAAUCUGGUGCAGAAGCUGAAAAGAGGGAAAUCCCCUUAUCACUUUGUAGAAGUGAUGGCAUGUCCAUCAGGAUGCCUUAAUGGCGGAGGGCAGCUCAAGCCUUCUUCAGAUCAGUCCAAUAAGGAGUUGCUUCAGCAGGUAGAAGAGUUAUACCGUGCUGAACGCACCUUGACACCUGAGGAGGACACACAAGUAGCUGAACUUUACCACAGCUGGUUAAAGAGUUUUGGAGAGGAGAAAGCCAGACAGCUGCUUCACACACAGUACCACGCAGUAGAAAAAAACACCAAUGGGCUCAGUAUAAAGUGGUGAAGAGCCGAGAUGUGCUGAGACACUGAUUAUGUUUUGUGUUGUUUGUUUAGACUCAAAAAUGAAAAUUCUGUCAUCAUUUACUCACCAUUUUGUUGUUCAAAACUAAUUUAACUUCCUUCUAUGGAAUGGAAAGGAAAUGUUAGGCAGAAGGUUAGCCUCAGUCACCAUUCACUUUCAUACAUGUUUUGUGUUACACGGAAGAAAGUCAUACAGGUUAAGAACAAUAUAACCUGUGAAAGAAGUAAACAGAAUUUAUUUAUGGGUGAACUAUUCAUUGAAGUCAAUCUUUAGCAUGUAUUAGACACUAUACCAGCUUAACACUCAUUCUCGUGAAGUACAAAUAUGGAAAUCAUUGAAUAGACUGAUUAAGUAAUAUUUACCUCGAGCAAACAUUAAAAGCAAUGCUGAAAAUGUCCAGUUGAGAAAUCUGUGAAUUCUUCAGCCGUACUUGAUAAGACUGCCCUGAAUUUUUCAUGUAUAGUUUCUUCCCCUUAUUUUUAUUGAAUUAUCUUUAUUGAUCUUACAGGAAUCUAUUGUAGUAUGCACUGAAAACAAUGUUUUGAGAAUGUUUUUGGAUUUAUGAUAUUAUUACGUUGCCAUGUUUGUAAUCAUUCCAUGUAUAUAAUAUUUAUUGAGAAAAUAAACUACAUUU